AUGUAAUCAUAAAAGAGAGGAUAACAACAUAAACAAGGAUAUCAAGCGGAUUUAAAUAAAUAUUUUGGAAAGAGAUUAAAAAUUAAGUUGAAUGCAAAACGAACAAUUAUUGGUACAGUAAUUGGAUUUGACAUUUUCAUGAAUUUAGACAAGGAGCAGAAAAUAAAGAUAAUCUGUAUCCAGGCUCUUUCAAAUGUCACAGAUCAACUAGUUGAUAUUGGUUAAGCAAUUGUGAGAGGUAAUUCAAUAAUCAUGUGGGAAUGUUUGGAUAAGGUUAAAGACUGA